CUUAAUUCUUUAUCUAGGGGUUGUCUCUUACAGCUGCUACUGGCACUUUAACAAAAAGAACAGAGCAAGAGGGCGCCGCCUAAGCACUCAGGUGCCCGCUAAUCCGGCCUCUUCCGGGAAUGUCACCCUCAAGACCAGUCAUCGGGUAUCAUGGGAAAUGCAGUUUCUCCUGGAGCCGCUCUCUCCUAGUAACUCCUUGCUCUUGAGCAUGAGGUGGACUACAACUCCCAGAGGGCCAAGCGGGAGAAGCGGGGCCCUGUACCUUCGCGGCGGCUGGGCGGCUAGUUCAAGUUGCCAUAGCUGCGAGUCUGGGGAGAGCGGAGUCGGUUGCUUCGCCGCGUCUGGUCAGUUAUACCUUCUGGGGUUGCCGGUGGCCGCGGGAGCCGGGUGGGGCCUCGGCAAUGACCCGGCGUUAAGGACCUGGGGUCCUCUUCUAGUUCAGGAGUUUUAUACAUCAAUGGCAGAAUCCUCCAGUGAUUCAGACCACUUCCGCUCUCGUGACCGGUUGAGUCGAUGGGCUGCCAGUUCAGUACACAGGGAAGUUCGACAUCGUCCUACUGUGGGUGUCACUGAGAAGGUCAACACGAUAACCAGCACUUUACAGGACACCAGUCGGAACCUGCGACAAGUCGACCAGAUGCUUGGACAUUAUCGAGAGUAUAGUAAUGGACAGGCGGGGGCUAUAGAACAUUUAAAAGAAAGCUUGGAACAAUCAAUAGGCCAACUGCGGAGUCAACGCUUGUCGAGAAACUCAGGAGGGAGAAGUAUUUCUGUUACAAGUCUGAGUACAAGUGACCUCGAUGGUGGCACUGUGACAGAGAGCUACCGUUUUCCACCUACCUCACCUCUCAAGGACUAUGGGGAUCAACAGGGUAUUAAACGAAAUAGGUCCAAAACUGGUGUCCGAUUUGUUCCGGAGACUGAUGACGUGGGCCAGUUUCAUGCUUUUCAUCAGUCCCUCCGAGACCUCAGCAGUGAACAAGUUCGCCUUGGAGAUGAUUUCAACCGGGAACUUGCCAGAAGAAGCCGGUCGGAUGCUGCAACAAGAAGGGCUUUGGAAGAAUUGACUGAAAAACUUAAUGAAGCCCAAAAACAAGAUGUGGUUUCAGAUCGAGUGGAGCGGCGGCUUCAGGAAAUAGAGAAAGAGAUGCGAACAGAAAGAGAGCUGGUGGAAAGACGGCAGGAUCAACUGGGACUUAUUUCUCAGCAGCUACAGGAGGCACUGAAGAAACAAGAAGCUAAAGCAGAGGAGAAUGAAGGAGAAAUGAAAAAUAAGCUAAGACAAACAGAAAGUGAGAAGAGUAAACUUCAACAGGAAUUGGAGCUGUCUCAAAGGUUACUGAAUCAGUCAGAAGGCAGCAGAGAAACACUUUUGCAUCAGGUAGAAGAGCUCCGUACACAGCUUAUGAAAGCAGAAGGAGAUCCAAAGGGUUUACAUCAUCAAGUGUCUCAGAUUUCCAGACAACAGUCAAGUCUUCAGGAUGAACAGGGAGAUGACUGGAGGUUUAGGAGAGGGGUUGAGCGAGAGGAUCUGGAGAAGCAGAUGUCAGAUUUGAGAGUGCAGCUGAACUUCAGUGCAAUGGCUUCUGAGUUAGAGGAAGUGAAGCGGUGCUUGGAGCGAAAAGACAAGGAGAAAGUACAUUUGGCAGCCCAAGUGGAGAAUUUAACCCGUGAAUUGGAGAACAGGGAAAAACAGCAGCUAGAGAUGUUGGAUGAACUGACGGAGAUCCAGAAGCACUUUGAGACGUGUGACGCCAAACACAAGCGCGCUGACCUGCAGAUCACGAAGCUGACUCAGCACGCCGAGGAGGCCACCAAGCAGGCUGAGCAGUACCUUCUGGAGUUCCAGCAGUCCGAGGGCCUGAGACAGGAGGCAGAGAAGAGGAGAGAGGAGCUGAAGCUGAAAGCUCAGGAGUCCAUUAGGCAGUGGAAGCUUAAGCAUAAGAAGUUAGAACGCACGCUGGAGAAACAAUCUGAAAGUCUCGAUCAAAUGUCAGACAAGAAUAAUCAGAUUCAAAAAGAAAAGGAUGAACUGAAAAGUCAGCUUUAUGCAGCGCUGCAACAAAUAGAGAAUCUCCGAAAGGAAUUGAAUGAUGUGCUGACCAAGCGUGCCCUUCAAGAGGAGGAGCUUCAUUGUAAGGAGCAGAAGCUAAGUGAUGUUAAGUCUCAUCAAGCUGAUCUUGAACUGGAAGUCAAGGAUUCCCUGGAUACCAUCCAUAGGCUAGAAAGUGAAUUGAAAAAACAGAAUAAGAUUCAAAGCCAGUUGAAAGCUGAGAAAGCUCACCUGGAGGAACAGAUUGCAGAGCUGAAGGAGAGCCAGGCCAAGGACAAAGCUCAACUUCUUGAGAUGCAAGAGGCCAUCAAGGACUUGAGUGCCAUCCGGGCAGACCUCGCAAAUAAAUUGGCGGAGGAACAGAGAGCCAGGAAAGAGGUCCUCAAGAGCCUUUCUGACCUCAGGACACAAGCAAAAUCUAAAGAUGAGGAAACAGCUACAAUCAUUAGUCAGUUAAAGCUCGAAAGAGAUGUUCACCAGAAGGAGCUGGAAGAUCUCACAUCGUCAUUGCAGAGUGUGAAAACAAAACACGAACACAAUAUCCAGGAGCUGAUGAAGCACUUCAAGAAGGAAAAGAGUGAGGCUGAGAAUCAUAUUAGGACCCUGAAGGCAGAGAGCUUAGAAGAUAAGAAUAUGGCAAAAGUCCAGCGUUGUCAGCUGGAGAAGCUGAAGUCACAGUGUGACAGGCUGACAGAGGAAUUAGCCCAGAAUGAAAAUGAGAACAAACGAUUGAAGCUAAAAUACCAGUGUUUGAAGGAUGAACUAGAAGAAAAGCCACAUCAUCAUGGCUUGAUGGCCCAGAAUCACCCAAAGCAGGAAAAACAUAUAACCAAUGAAGAAGAACACCGUAGGAGGAUGGAAGAGGCCAGAUUGCAGCUCAAGGAUCAACUUCUUUGUCUGGAGACUGAACAGGAAUCCAUCCUUGGGGUGAUAGGAAAGGAAAUUGAUGCAGCUUGUAAAACGUUCUCCAGGGACUCAAUGGACAAAUUGAAAGUUUUUUCAUCUAGUCCUGAUAUUAAUUAUGACCCACAUCGCUGGUUAGCAGAGAGCAAGACUAAACUUCAGUGGCUCUGUGAGGAGCUGAAAGAGAGAGAAAAUAGAGAAAAAAGUCUACGGCACCAGCUGAUGUUGUGCAGACAGCAACUCAGGAAUAUGACUGAGAACAAGGAAGCUGAGCUUCAGUGUCUCUUUGAACAGAUAGAAAGACAGGAGCAACUUCUGGAAGAAAUACACCGAGAGAAGAGAGGGCUGUAGGUUGGAGCUGGAGUGUUCCAAAAGGAGACGAAAUCUGCUGAGAAGUUAUUGUCAUGGACCUCUUAGAAGUUUAAUAGUUGUUGACUUAGAAAUUCUUCAUUGUUAUGAAUGGCAACAAGAAAAGGGUAAAGAGAUAUAAACUGCAGCAGAGAAGAUUUAGGUAUGAUAUUUUAACUUGUGUAAGUAGUUAUUUUUAGUAAUUUUUUAAUAAACCAACCACUGCCUACCUUCUUAAUAUUCUGAUAGCUCACUGCUCCUGUGUGUGGCAGUUUUCCUAGGUAAGAAUACAUGCUUUGAAACUAUGAGGUCUACUAAAAGCUAGAAUUUUUGUACAUGUUAGAGGGAUUUCUUUUGUCAGAGACCCUUAGAAGGAGGGAUAUCUAUAUGGUAUGAUUUAGCUCCAUUCUUGCUUAUGAAAUGCUGAUUAUUAUGAACAAAUAUAGCAGAUAACUUUAUUAAAACAUCUUUUUCUUAAACUGAAAUUGUAAACUCUUAAUUAAACAAAGAACCCAUCUUUGCUUUCCAGGCACUUUAUGAUUGUGACUGACUAUUUAGUGUACAUCAUUUUUCUUUCUGAAGUAAUUAAAAAUUCACAUGGCCUCUUAAAUUCCUUUCCCUUAAAGAUGAAAUUUUGUCUUCUUACCCAGUUUCUCUUUUGGGUAGGUCAUGUGCUUAUUUGGCUUUGUUGGAGUCCCUGGGAUCUUCAUCCGUUCCCCCCACUCUGACAGAUGCAGUGCCUAGAGAGGCGACAUUCUUGGUAGCCUGCACUGUGAAUCCAGGCUCUCAGAUCUGUCCUUUCCUGUCAUAUAUCAUUUAUUGCGACUGUAAUACAUGUAAUGAUGAAAUAAACCAUUAUGAACGGCCUCUUUAUAAGGGAGUUACCUUUUCUGAAUAAAGGGAAAGGUACUAAUGGAAUGUGGAAGAAGGGAAAUAGUCCUUCAGCUACUUCAGAAGGUAUAUUUUUGCAGCAGAGGACUGUCGCUCAGGUUGUUUGUUUGAUUAUUUCUUAUGAGCACCUGUUUGUUGGAAUAGCAAUGAAGUGGGCUGACAAGUGGGCAGUGGGAAAGGUUGCAUCAUUGCCCUACCUGUGUUUUUUUCCCUUAGUUCAGCUGUUUUAAGUCUUAUGUUAGCAUAGACUGUGGCUGUGGCCAGCAUUCAGAGGACUGUCUUGGGACAGAAACAUCUUGUUUCUUGCCUCAGUGAGUUUGGGGAUGACACACAAUUGAGAAAUGUGUUUAGUUGAGUGUAUCCACUGGAUGGAGUUUCUAUGAAGGUAGUGAUUUCGUUAUUUUGUUCAACACUAUGUACCCCAGUGCCUGAGAAGAACUUGGCACAUAAUAGAUAUGUCAAAUGUUUGCUGAAUGAGUGAAUGGAUGAAAGAACAUUAAAGGGGCACAGUUGAUAAGGGAGCCAUAACAUCUGUGUUCAGUGAAAGAAAAAAACACAAUGUACAUUCCAAAAUGAAUUCUGCAAAACCAAAUUGCAAAUCAGCAAAUAUUUGGCAGAAGUUAAGUAAUUUAAUUAGAGUGGUUUGCAUUUUUGUUAUGGCACUUUGGGAUUAGGUAACAGUAUUUGCCUUUCCUAAUAUUUCAGUUAUGUAUUCCAUUUUACAGCAGAAGUAUUUAAGCCAUUUAUAUUUUUAUUCAUUUUGUGAUAAUAUUUUCUAGGAGAUUCCUGAUUCAUUUAAAACAUGCUGUAAUGUUAUUAGUAGUCAUUCUUGUCUCCUUUUGUACUAUAACGUGGGGUAGCUCUCUGGUAUUGCACGUGAAAAUAAAUUUUAAUACCUGAGUAUCAAAAAGAAAAUAAACAAUAUAAAACAUGUUGUUUAUAUCUAAAGUAGUUUCAGUCCUUAACAGUAGAAUGAAUAUAACUUUUAGAGUAUAAUUUCUAUUUGCUACUGAUCAUAGAGAAGCUUAAGUGUGAUUAUAAAUGUCGAGUAGAAGGAUCCAGGAAUGGGUGAUGUUGAAUAGGUGAAAGAAAGGUUAAUUGGUAUAGCAGGAACCCAGAAGAUACGAGAGUGAGUGGGGUCAAAAGUAAAGGUAGAGAAAUGAAUCUUAGAAAGAAUAAGGACAAGAGUUAGACAUUUCUUCUUCCAUUACUGUUUUAGCACUUUGAAUACAUUGCUGUUUUGGGUAGUUUAAUUUGUCACAGUAAGUUUUGUAAUGGUUUCCUUAUUUUGACUGUUAGCUCCUCAACAUUUGUGAUUGGAUAUAAUUAAUCUUUGCCUUGUAUAUAUUCAAUGCCUGUUUGGAGAAGAGGAUGCAAGGAAUGAGCCAAAGCUACUGGAUUUGCCGUGUUAGACUUUGGAAGACCUGUUUUAGUAGAAGCCUUAUGAAUUUAAAGCCAAAACAUUUCUCAUAGUUUUUUUGUUUGCUUGCUUGUUUUGUAAAAUAUCCAAAGGAUGAUAACACUUGUCAUUCAAGGAAUAGAGUCAGCUUAGUGAUGAAACUGGUACACUGUAUAUUCCUAUAUAUGGCUCUGAGGAUGAGUAUUUUUACUAUAUGAUAGAGAUAUGAUUUAGUAUUUUUCAGUUUUAUAAAACUUUUAUUCUAUUCAAGGCACUUCCACAGGUUCUCAUCUAUGUGAUUCGCUUCUUACCAGUAGUGAUCUCAGUUUUUUAAGGAUUUUCUUUUGAUUUCCCAGUGUUCUGAAUAACUCCUUUUAAUUAUUUCCUCUGUUUUCCCUUGUCCUUUUUCUGAAUUUUUGUACCAUUUCUGUGUUGAUGGCAGAAUAAAGAACAAUUUCUUAGAAUUCAUUUUUGGGACAGAUACAAGGGCGGGACUUGUGAACCGAAGGCAUCUUUCCUGGAGUGAAAAUGAAGAGUACUUUCGCUCCAGUACUCUUUCCUAGUAUAGGGAAACAUGGGGUUGUAUCAUUUAUGUUGUGUGUGUGCAUUAUGUAUUUAUCGGUUAAGGUUUUCUCCUACUUGUGAUUCAUAGUUUAUUUCCCACAUUGUUUCAAGCGGUUUUUUU